UCUGAGCUGAGGUUAAUCAUGAAAUCAUCCAUGGCCAUUACGAAAAGUGCGGCAUUCCGUUUCAUGCUGCUUUUGCAUUUAUUUUUGAAAGUGAAAAUGUGUGUCGGCUUCGUCGAUGCGCUGGCCACCGGUGACAGUGACAUUAAUUACGAGGACAGUGACGAGUGGUUGCGAGACGUUAGCGGUGGCCGAUUGGCCGGGUGGGUAAAGCCGUGGCCCGUUUCAACCACCACCAGCCGGCCGGUGCCGAGCAGCUUAAUGCGGUGGGAGGAGCCGACCGGUGGCCAUGCCGGCCGGUACCGUAUGCAUCACGUACGGCACGAGCAACACUACCUGAAACAUCGGCCAAUCAAACCGGUGCCAAAUGCUGGCGAAGCGACGAUGGUGGCCCUAGACCCGGACCUGGCACAUACCGUGACCGGGUCGGAACAGCAGGAGCAAAAAUCGCGUCAUCACAACAACCAUCACACCAACCAUCACAGUCAUCAUCACAAUCCGCAUCAUCAUCAGCAUCAUCAUGUGCAGCAUCUCGACAAACAGGACCGGAAAUCAGGUGCAUCGGAUGCUUCGGAUGAGAAAGUCAGCUUGAUGGAGCUAACCCGGCAAGAUGCGGUACACCGUACGGCUUCACAUCCCUUCGAGCGGAGGACGCUGUACGAGAAAAAAAAUUUCAACGAUGUGUGGGAUAGUUUGAGUGGAGGUAACCGCGAGGUGCAGGAUCGCCAGGUAGCCAUCAACAGGAAGCGAUCGGCAUCUGCCUUCCACUCGUUGACCUCAAACGCGCUGACCGUUGAUGCGGGUUCGAAAGGUGCUUCAGAUCGCACCACAAAGACAGCACAGCAGUUCGUCAACCCUCGCAGCAAGAACUACUUCGAGGAGCUGUUGAAUAACUACAAAAGUAGCUCUCCCUAUUACAAGGAACUGCACCAGGCGCGAAGUCCUCAAACGAAAGCGCUACCAACGGGCAAAAGAAAUCAAAGAAGUUCUGCCGAAGCGACCAAGAGUGUUUCGAAAUCGAAAGCAGCGCCAGCAGCACGGCCCGAUGAUGACCUCGACUAUCUCUACGACGACGAGACGGAUGACAGCGUGCAAAAUGAUGCUCCAUCUGGCGGCGCAAUGUCUACGAGUACGCGUGCUCCAAGUACUACAACGACGACUACCACAACAACUACGUCUACUACCACUGCCCGAAGCAUUGAAUCGUUGAGCGAUGAUUCCGACGAAUCGAGCGAUGGGGCUGCAUCCGAGGCAGACACCAGUUACAGUUCGUACUAUCAGAAAGCGUACGCAAUGCAUUCGAAUCCACGCAGGAACGGCAACAAUCGGUAUAACAGCAUCGGCACCAGGCCACAGCUAUCCGUGCCACAGCAGCAGCAACUUCAGUCGCACAGCAAGCGUCUCCACAGCGAUAGGAUUGAUCCGGCCAAACAAGUGAGCUUCCCCGGUCGGUACGAAUCACUCACCGACUACAAGCAGGCCAACUUUGGCUCCAAAGACGCCGUAGAGCGAUCGUACAGUGCGUACAACAACAUUCACAACGCACGGCGCGAAGCGAUGAACCAUCUCGAUCGAAUGCACACGGAAGGUAGAUGCCAAGUGCCGCGUCCGAAGAUUGUGCCCGCCUCAAACGAUAGGACGAAGAUCUUUACGCCCCACUGUACCAUACUGCACCGUUGCGAGGACGAUACCGGGUGCUGUAUGCCACCGCUAACUUGCGCACCUAAAUCGACGGCCGAAGUCAAGCUGUUCUUCUAUGUGAGUAAUGAUACCUCCGUGAAAAACGUAGGACCUCGACAGCAGAACACGGUAACUACACUUACCUUCACCAACCACACGGAGUGUCACUGCGUACAGUUGGAUUCGGUGCAUGGUCAGUCAGCAAACAGUAGGCCACAGAUACAGAACUCCUUGGAGCAGACUAGUGCGGAAGGAAGUGGAGGCUCCAGUGGUGGUGCUACUGGCAGGAUCAGCAACAGCUGCACAUGUCCGCGCCAUUAUAAAUCGGUCUUUGACAACGAGUCACAGUGCUAUUGUGACUGUCUGUCGAGUGACCGAGACUGCAUUCGGUUUAAGGAGGGCGUUGAAAACUUUUCGAUGGAAACGAGAAAAUGCAUCCGGAGUAAAAAGUGUAAUGUCCCACACUGUGAGUACGGCAUGUACAACCGGCACGAGGGAAGAUGUCCGAAGAAGAGCGAUCGAAUGAACGAACAUUUCUCACAGUACCGGUGAAGAGAG